AGCCAUUUUGGCUCAGGCGGCUUGACCUCGGCAGGGAGCCAGGACCACUCCUGCCGGAAAACGAUGCUGCAAACCGAGGCCGCAGGCGCCAGGGCAGUUGCUGCCGUUGCCGCUCGCCCGGGCGGAACAACUCAGCGGGCACAAUGGUCUGAGCGGGGCACUGCCCAGUCGCUGCGGCUGUUGGCAUCAGACCGCGGCAGCGCCACGCGGCGAGCGCUGCCUCCGGCGGUGUACAGCGAGGUGGUGGCCCCGUUCCUCCGGUUCGACGCCGCCGUGCCCGAUCAGCUCUAUGCCGUCGGCGGCCGGAACGAGAGCCAGGGGCCGCUGGAUACGGUGGAGAUGUUCGAGACGUGGCACGGGAGGUGGGAGGAAUGCCCGCGCAUGUCCACCAGGAGGUGCGGUUGCGCUGCUGCGGUGCUGCCCGACGGGCGCCUGAUGGUGUCAGGCGGAUACGACGAGAGGGGGAGCGUCUUGGGGGUCCUGGCCAGCAGCGAGGUGUUCGACCCCGUCAGGCAAGCGUGGGCCCCUGCUGGCGGCCAGCUGCAGCGGCCGCGCUUCGGCCACGGCAGCGCGGUGCUGAGCGGGAAGGUCUACGCCGUCGGGGGCUGCGCCCUGCGGAGCCGCAGCGGCGCGCCGCCGGGCGACGACGUCAGGGAGACGCUCCGCGACUGCGAGGUAUAUGAUCUCGGGGAGCAGGCCUGGUCUUCCAUCCCCAGUCUCUGCGUCGCUCGCGGCGGCGCCCGCCUGGUCGUGCUGGAUGCCCACCGCCUUGCAGCGGUCGGCGGCUGCGACGACGUGUUCGGCCGGCCUGAGAUGUUGGCCAGCGUGGAGGUGUACGACACGGGGUCGGGCACCUGGACGGUGCUGCAGGAGCAGCUGUCGGUGCCCAGGACGACGUCCGCGGCAGCGGCCCUGGACGAGCACCGCAUCAUCAUCAUGGGCGGGGCCCCCUCUCUGUCUUCCGUGGAGAUCUUCGACGUUGCUGGCGCCGGGAAGUGUGGCGAGGCAGCAGCCCAGCCCUCUUCGUCCAGCGGCGGAGGGGACAAGGAGUUGGCCGACAUGACAGAGGGCCGCAUGGGAUGCAUGGCGGUGCUCAUGAGGCUGCCCGAGGCGGGGAACGAUUAUCCCCUCUGCACGAGGCCCAGCGUGGUCGUCGUGGGUGGCGAGAACGGCGACGACUGCGACGACGAUCAGGAAACGGCAUGUCAGUUCAACAGCGUCCUCGUCUACGACGUGGAGGACAACGUCUGGAGGUCCGAGCGGCCCUUCCCGCCGAUGCCAACGCCACGCACGGCGAUGGCGCUGUGCGUGGCGCCUGGGCUGGUGCGCGGGUUCGUGAGCUGAGGCAAGUGGAAUGAGACUCCGAUUUGAGGUUACAGGCUUCAGUGCACGCGGCGGGCGCGCAGAUUUCGGAGCCUUGAGGCUCCUGUUGUCGUUGCUCUGUAUCUCCCCCCCUGCCUGUCCUUCUUUCCCGCUUCGCCCCCCUUCUCGUGAUUAUUGUCCCCGUUCUCCCUCGCUCUCUCUCUCUCUCUCUCUCUCUCUCUCCCUCUCCAUCGUUUCUUCUCUGGCGAGCUACCUGGUGUGGUCUGACACUGCCCUUGGAGCAGCAGCUCGCUGCCCGCAGGCUUCAUCGCACUCGGAUGUGCGUCCGUGGCAGCGUUGCCCUCCCCCGCCCCGGGUCCUCCCCUUCGUGGGCUUACCCUGCCGCUCCAGUGCCGCUCUGCGUGCGCAGGCCGCAGGCGUUCUGCCUGCCAGCUCUCCUGCGCCGCAGUGCGGACGCGCGCGCGCGCGAACACAUACAGAACGCCAUCCCCCCCCCCAGAGAAUUCGUCCUGCGGCCGAGCGGACCACGCUGAGCUCAGCGGCGCUGUCCGCUGCCACGCCGCCUUCGCGGCGGACAGCCGGGCGCCUGCCCGAAGCGGCCUCGAUGUCUCCGCUGUCUCCGAUGAGCCGGCUGAGCCCGACGCGGGGAGCUGGCAAGGUCCUCGCAGCUUUAGCCCUGUGAGGCGCCGAGUCAGUGGCAGCUCGGUCGUCUCGAAUUUCCCGAGGCAGGGAGCAUUCAGAUGUCCUUCUAAACGGAAUGGCCGUCCUCGGCCCGUCGUCCCCAUCUCAGCCACCAGUGUCCACUGUACAGCGCACGGUGCCGUGCGGCCUCCACCUCUGAUUCUGCCAGCGACGCAGGCAGGCGUCACGUGUGCCGGGGGAUGCCGGCAUCCUUCAGUGGUAGUGCAUGCAGCACCUUGCCUGAUCUCUGGCUCGCAGCCCGCCCUCUGAGUCAGAGGCCGUGCAUUCGAGGCCGCCUCGACAGGGCGCUCGAAUACCCCCCCCCAGACGGGACGCUGGUAUUGUCGUCAUGGGCAUCGCUGAUUAUUUAUCUGGCGAUACACUCCCCAUAUUUCAGCGUCGAACGGACCGCUCACCACUCCAGAAGUCCGGGAAGCGCUCGCCUGUACAGAAUUCGCAUCAGAUGCAUUGCCAUGCAUAAUUUCCCUCCUCUCUUUCCCGCAGAGAGAUAGGGAGAGAGAGAGGAACAAACAAACAAAGAGACACUGAAAGAAAGACAACGCGCA